AAAGUAAGCCACAGUAGUCGGAGGCAUCUCCAUCUGAACAGGUCUUCGGGAACUGGCGAUCCAGAGAACAGUCCUUAGUGUUUUCAGUUGUUUAAAUUGGAGUUUCCGAGACGAGUGGUGCCAGUUCAGACUACCUAACAUAAACUAACUAGUUCUUUACUGAACAAGUGGGAUUUUCUGUUUCAAGAGAAUAGAACCAAUUCGGAAUUGCGACUCCAACGAUGAUGCACUGCAGAAAGGAGGGGCAUGUGCUAAAGGGAGCAACCACGAGCUGAAGUAAACGAAACAUGUCUUGACUGCUUGCCACCCACCCAAAGUCGACUGUAUUAAACUGAACUUGCUCUUGCUGAACAUAUAUAACUGAGCCGCAUGGUAGCCAACAAGACACAAGACGAGACAUCCUUCCACAGGCUGUUACCUGCAUCAAAAACAAAAUCGGCUACACGAGGAGUUUUUCUGUAGUAUCAACUUUGUCCAGACUUCACAGAGCGUAAGCAUUCAUCGAGAGCAUAAAUUAUCUUAAGCGAUGCGGGCUGAAAAGAAAUGGCACGUACUGUUGAGCAUUAUCUUUCUGCUGGUCACCUCGGGCCAAUGUAUGGACAGCAAGGAAGCCAGGCAGAAAGAAAGAAGAACACUUCUAGACCUCAUCAUGCAAGUCAUUGGGGACAACCAAGGUGACAAAAGUGUCUCCAGGCGCUAUACUAGUGGCCUCUAUUCUGUAGAUCAAGACUACAAAUUUUCUUCUCGUGAAAAGGCCUUGUUUUUUCCCAGGCUGGACAACAGCAGACCAAUAGAAAUCGUCCCAAGAGAUGUUAACCUGAAAGACAAGUUUAUAAAACAUUUCACAGCAGGACCAGUCAAGUUUUCAUCUGAAUGCAGGACACAUUUUCAUAGACUUUACCACAACACAAGGGACUGUUCCACACCAGCAUAUUACAAAAGAUGUGCAAGAUUACUAACAAGGCUAGCAAUGAGUCCACUCUGCACACAGUCUUAGAAGCCUGCCCUGCACAAAUGAACUGAAGAUGGAAUUCUUAUUUGCCUAGAAAGUGCCUUGGAAUCUUCCCCAAGAUGGUUUUACUCUCAUCUUGAUUGCAUUUUUGUUUUGUUUUGUUUACAAUACUGUUUUACUAAUGAAUGCUUUUUAUUUUCAUAUAUUUGAAACAUUCAUUGUGUUAAUAAAGAAGAUAUAUUUUGAUUUAUAAAAUUACAUCCUAGUGCUGAAGUAAGCCAAUUAUUUAUUAAAUACUAUGUAUAUAAUGAUCUGCGUGAUAAAAAAUAUAUAUUUAAAUCAUAAGCAGAUAUACUAUUUAGAUAUUUCAUUUCAUCAUACUCAUGCCAUUUUUGCUCAGGCUGAUGCUCACGUAUUGCACUGACCUUAAUGCAAACUAACAGGUAACUGUCAUGUUCUGAGAAAGCUGUAAACUUUUUUCCCAUUGUUUCAUCCCUAAACUUCUCUUACUGGUUAUUAUGACCUUUGUGAAUAAAAAAGUUGCACACUGAUAAAUAUUACUCAAAUAUCUACCAAGCUCUUAUUAUUUGUUUAGCUGUUAUGAUUAUCAUCAUUUACAUUUGUAUUGGUACAAAGUUCACAAAUAAUGUAAAUAUAUGACAAGGACUGGAAGACCGCACUGCAGCUUAGAUGGAAUAAAGAUUAUUGAUCAAGCACUUUUUUCUCUAUCCGGUUAUUGAAUUUAAGUGUAUCAAGACAUUGUUUAAGAAAAAAAAAGAUUAUAAACUUAAGAUGAAUGUUGAAAAUUGAAAAUGCUUUCUCUUUGUCCAUAUGCUAAAAAUUAGCAAGACAGGAGUCCUAGAA